UUAAAAAAUGUUAUCUCUUGAUCUCAAUUUUGGAAACUCUGGUGGUGUAGUGGUUAAGAACUAUGGCUGCUAACCAAAAGAUCUGCAGUUCAAAUCAACCAGGUGCUCCUUGGAAACUGUAUGAGGCAGUUCUCCUCUGUCGUAUGGGGUCACUUACUAUGAGUCGGAAUUGGCUAGACAGCAACAGGUUUUUUUUUUUUUUAAGUCUCAAUUUUAGCUAAAGAAGUGAACUUUAGAGUUAACAUUGUAACCUAGCUCCCGGUUCUACGCACCCAGGCUACAGGGUAAAUUAUACCAAUGAUGAUGAAAACAGCGUAGGACUGGACAACGUUUUGAUUUGUUAUGCGUAAGGUUGCCUUGAGUUGGGGCUGACUGGAUGGUAACUAACAAUGACAAUAACAACAAGGCUAAAUAAUCAGAUUUAGAAAAUCUGGCUAUUCUUUCGGGAAUGUGAUUAUAGGCUGAGGGAUGGAAAGAGGUGGUGGAGAAUGGAGGGCUGGGGUAGACUUCAUAGGUAAAGGUACGUGAAAAUGCAUGAUUGACUCACCUCAGAUCUUCAAAUGAAGUCAUGAUAUAGCUUUAAGAUGGCAAAAAAAAAAUCUGUGUUGGAGAGAUGACCCAAAUAAAGACCAGAGAUCUUGACAGUCCAGAAAUGACAGGAAAGAGUUAAAGGAAGUACAAGUGGAGAAUACAAGGAAAUGACUAGGUUUGAAAUUCAUGGGCAAGAUCAGGCUGCUUGAAACCACAGGACAGUGGGUGUACCUCAGAAGUGGAACAACUGUUUGACAAAACAAAGCUGUCUAGUUUCCCAGACUGGAGACAUUUCCUGUCUUAGAUGUUUGGAUCUGUCUGAAUGCCCAAGUAGCCUUACUUCAAAGUGUUUGUGGGAGCAGAAAUAAGAAUGGGCUGAGUGUCUUUAUUCAGUGCUAGACUUGGUUGGGUUAGAGGUGGGGAGUGGGAGGAAAUGAGUCUGUGUUUAAGAGCACACAGACCACGAGGAGGUAGCCAUUUUGCUGCAGACCAGAUUCCAGUGGACUGCUCAGAGAGAAGGAAACCCUGGGAGAGAAGAGCUUGGGGAAGGAGAGGAAAGGAGAAUCUUCGAAGCUACUUUGGUGUGUAGGAACAAUGAAGCUGACUCUGGUGCCGAUCUUUUUCAUGCUGCUGCUGCUGCUGCUGGGCCUAGGGAUGGGCCUGGGCCUGGGACUUCACAUGGCCGCAGCAGUCCUGGAGGAUAGUGAUCAGCCACUGAAUGAGUUUUGGGCCAGUGACUCCCAGGACAAGGCUGAGGCUGAUGAAGAGGGAGAGGGCACCCGAACCACAGAAACUCUGGUGCUUAGCGACCAAGGACUAGUACAACCUGGUUGGCAACCAGAAGGCACCAUCUUCAAUGAAGAUGAGGUUGGGGACAAGAUGCUCAGGGCUGAUGUUCUCUCUCAGAGCAGCAAAGACUACCUUAGGUAUGACCUGCUCUCCAGGGAAUGCAAUGCCAUGAUGGCCCACAAGAUGAAGAAGCACAACCAAACCUGCAUAACCCAGUACACGUUUCUCCAUGAGGAUGAAGACACAGUCAAGGCUGUCUGUAACAGUCCAGUCAUUGCCUGUGAGCUCAAAGGGGGCAAGUGUCACAAAAGCACCCGCCCCUUCAAUUUAACACACUGCAAGUUAUCCAAACCAGGGCAGGUCACUCCUCACUGCAAUUACCUAACUUUCAUUUUUGAAAAGUAUAUCCUUAUAACCUGCAAUGACACGAAGCCCCAGUUAUCCCCUGGACAGUGAAGCAACUCAUCCUUUUCCUCCUCUUCGCCUUCUUCUCUUCCUCCUCCCCUUCCUCUUAGCUAUUCUGCAGAGAAGGUGCUGGGAAGAGGGGCUGGCCUACUCUUUAUCACUCUCCCCUGAAAAUAUAAUUCUUCUUUGCCCUAGGAGCCACCCAAUUUGCAUUUUGUCCCUGGGAUUAGAGGUGUGAGAAUAGGGUCUUGAUGGCCAAUCUCCCUAGGUCUCUGUUUUUCUGUCCCUUACUCCUGGAAAGGUAUAAAGAAAGGGCUGCUCUGGUCCCUGCUGUGGUCCUGGUCAGCAGUCUGUUCCCUGGUCUGAGUUUGUUUUUGACUGUGAACUGGCAGAGUUAAACACCUCCUUUACUAAUAUCCAGGGCCCUGGUGACACAGUGGAGUCCCUGUGGCUUAGUGGCUAAGCAUUUGGCUGCUAAUCAAAAGGUUGGCAGUUUGAAUCCACCAGCUGCUCCUUGGGAACCCUACGGAGCAGACAGCAGCAGGUUUGGUUUUUUACCAGUGUCUUCUCUUGCUACCCCACCCUGAGCCUCCAGGCAAUUACUCAGGCCUCCUGGGCUCUGCCCAUCUGCUGUGGAUUCAAUUAAAGUGAUUCUAUCUCUGGCUGCAACUGGAGAACCAUAUGGAUCAGGUUUCUCUCCCAAAGCUGGGAAAAAUAUAGGGGCCUUGGUCUGAGGCUCUGAUGUCAAGGUGCUGUGGUAGUGCAGACCGAGAUAGCACAUGUGCUGGGGCAAGGACAGCGCUCUGUUUUCUUGACCUAGUGGACAUCUGCCUCUAGUGAAAGCAGAAGGACACAGCCUUCUCUCACACAAAAACUUUGUUUACAACCCUUCACUGAGGUCACAAGCUCAUUCCUAGGAGAGUCUGUACUAGGUUGGUCUUCUCUUGUUUCUCCCAAGACUCACUGGUUACAGUGUUUGUUGUUACUUUUUAUAAUUGCCAGCUGGCUCUUCUCCAUCCGUGGUCAUUUUUGCGUUUUAUCUAUGACAGUGAAUUGAAAGAUCUUCUCUGGGCCUCUGGUCUGAGUCUUAGCCUUAGUGUUACAUUGUUAUAGUAUCAGUCUUUAUUUUCUCUACUCCCCUGUCCUCUCAUAGCCUUUUCCCCUAUAUCCUUCUCCUUUCUUCCCCUAUCUUCUCAACUCUGUCCUCUGUGUGCCUUUGGCUCCUUUUUUUUCUAACCUUUUCUCUUUCCUCCCAGCUUUUGCUACAUGCCUUUCUUUAUUCCUUUGCUUUUUUCCCCCUCUUGGCUCUGUUCUCCUUUUCUUCUAUCUGUGUUCUCCUUUCUCUUUCACUGGAUACUUUCAGAAAUUCUUUCAGGCAUUCUUUCACUUAUUUUAUACUAGGUAGGCAGGCGCUGAUCCUAUAGUCAAAGAUUUCUGGUGUAGGGGGUUGGAAGGAGGGUGGAUCAGGAGAGUAAGGAACAGAGACAACCAUUUUUCCAAAUUAGGUCAGGAAAUCGAAAUAGCGCUCAAUGGAUAUGGAGUGAAUGGGAUUGGAGGAAGUCUUUCCCUUUGAUGUUUGCCAGGGCGCUGAAGAACAAAGAAGUUGGUGACAGAAAAAUUUCUGCAAGCAAAGGAUUGAAUCUACUCAGACAGGGGAAAUGAAUGACCUCAGCCUAUUUCUUCUGAAUUCAGAUCUGUCAAGAAAUAGUGUAGCUGGACGUGUGUGUGGGUGGGGGUGGGGUGAGGGAGUCUGAGGAAAUGGCUGAAAGCAUUCUUGUAUGACUUGCUUUUGGGAAUUCCUCUCCCCAGGGUUUUUCUCUACUUCACCCUCCUAGAGAGUGACAGACCCAAGAGUCAAACUAAAACCUAACCAAACCAAACCCAUUGCCGUCAAGUUAAUUAAUUCUGACUCAUAACAACCCUGUAGAGCAGAGUAGAACUGCCCCAUAGGGCUUCUAAGGAGCACCUGGUGGAUUUGAACUGCCAGCCCUUUGGUUAGCAGUUGUAGCUCUUAACUGCUAUACCACCAGGGUUUCCCCGAGAGUCAGGGACAUACAUAAAUGGGAGAUUGAAGGGGAGAAAAGUUAUGGUUUACUCUGACCUGGCUUUUACUUUCUUGUUCUUUCCUCAUUAGUCUAUUUCUCAUUGUCUUUCACCUUUCCUGUUCUUGCAGGUCGGUACAGCACUUAAAUGUGUUGCCCCCAGUAACCUCCCACACCCCUUUGACUUGACAUUGCCCUUUACACUUUUGACUCACUUCUCACAAUGACUUCUUACAAUAGUGAUGUUGGACAGGAAGUGUGCCUGCAUUUGUGGGCUGCCCUGAGGUUUUAAAGUUGGGUGGAGGAGUGGGGCGAGGUGAGGACAGUCACAAGGCUGAUUCCUACUCUUUGUGAGGGAAAACCCCUCUCUGAUCAUUUAAACGGUUCAAAGAGCAAACAGAAGAUAGAUUAUGUAAAGCUGGGGGUAAGGGGAGGGAAGAACAGUGAGGUGAGGAGAGAGGAAAGAAGAGUAGGCGUCAGAGAAAAUCAGCCAGGCUAGGAAUUUAUCUGGUAGGGAAACCAAGGGCAUUAGGAAUAAGAGUAGUAUGUGAAAAGGCUAAGUCUGACUUCAUCUUAACCAAAGUCAAAGGAUCCUUUAUGUGGGAUGAACUAUUAAGAGGCUGGGACUGGCUAGGAGCUGAAGCCCAUAUUCUUUUAUUAGCACAUGAGGCUACGUUAUCUCACAGGUCCCUACUAGCUUCUCUCACUUAGGGUUCACUCACUGUCCAAUGAGUACUCCCCUCUCCCAUUUUCAGUCUCCACUUUGGACAAAUCUUGGUGGUAGGGCUUUCAUCUCACCCAAGUCAGGAACCAAUUUACAAAAUACACUGUGGACCCCUAGUGGCUUGAGCAGAAAGAUACAGCUUUCAUGGCUGAUGUGACAUGGCAAUGACAAGGCGUUGUGGGACACCUCACCCACCACAACACACCCCAGGAACUGGAAAUUAAUUCAUUAGAAGGAAUCUAAAUUCCCCGCCCCCGCCCAAACCAAACCAAACAAUUAAAAAAAAAAAAAAACCCGGAA